AUGACCACUCCCGUCCACUUCGAGCCUCGCCCACGAAGUGACUCUCACUCGCGUACACGAUCCGGCGCAGACCGCGCACUUCCCUCGCGCCCAACCACUCCUCUCCGACCACCGUCUCGAACGAGCCUGAGAGCAUCGCAAACCACUCCUACCGCUGCUACUACCCUCACCGGCAAUGACUUCCCGCUGGCCACGUUGGAGCCUGCAUUCGGCGAGCUGAGCGAUGCAAUGGCCGAUCUGGAGGCCAACAUGAUGCAUCUGCAACUGCUGAACGAAAGCAUUUCACGAUUCAACGAGAAUUUUGGUGCCUUCCUGUAUGGCAUGAACAUGACGGCAUUUUGUGUCGACUUCCCAGAGGCACCCAUAUCGCAAUCCUAUCAACGGCAUAAAGACGGCAAUAGCCCAUUGGACCACUCGCAUUUCCACGACCAACGAACACCGCGAGCCAACCAGGACGGCAAUAUCGAAGCUACUUUCUUGACAUCAGAUACCAGUGGCUUUGUGGAGAACCCGCCUAUGAGCUCCAAGGCAAGCAGCAAGUUCAAUUCAGUGCCACCAAGCACUGCAAAGAGCACGAGAACGGCCGGAGCCCCCGCCAGAGGAGGCAGUGGUAUUGCCAGAGGUUCGAGCUCGAGAGGCGCCGCUGGAACACGGGGUAGUGGUAUUGCAAGAGGUGUUGCUAGAGGCCGUGGAGCGAGAUGA